CUUUUAAAAAUUGGAAAAAAUUAUUAAAUUGCUCGUUCAUUCUCAUAAAAACCCCAACUCUUGCUGACUAAUCUCAUCAAGCCACUCUUCCUCUCACCCUCUUUCCCAAUAUUCUUGGGGGUGAGGCAUUAAAAGGAGUCUCCUAUCGUAAUGUCACACACCAAAAACCCACAAACCAUUCCAUUCCACCACCUCAAAGUUCCUUCCUUUUUCACCAAAAAAAUAAAAAAAAAAAGCUCCUUCCUUUUUCUCUUCCAUUUCCCCUCUCGCCUCAUCCAUCGUCACUUUACUCUCUUCCCUGAGUUCCAUGCAUGAAACCCGCUGAACAUUCGUUCCUUUCGUAAACCCAUCUCCAAUUUUGGUCGUGAGUUCCUCAUCUCGUAGUAAAUUGCUCCUGUAACAGAUAUCAGAGCAUACUCUGUAGCCGCCGCCGCCUCUGGGAACUGGGCUCUGAUCAGGAAUUCGCCGCCGGAAGUGGCAGGGGACGCCGUUGUAGGCUGGGCCAGGGGAAAUUUUGAUGAUCGGCGGUGGCGGGUGGCUCGCAGCUAUGUCCACGCAUUUCAUUUGGUAGAUGCUUGGCGCCAAACUCUACAGUGCCUAUCAGGUGUUUGUGGUAAGUUCCCUGUGAGUGAAAUUUCUUGUUUGUUUCUGCUGUGUGUACUGUUUAUGUAUUUUUUUUUUUUGGUUUGGUUCAAGAACAAUCCAAUCGGUAAUGGCUUCUAAUUAGCUUCUGUAGGGAUAUAUGUAAUUGAGGGGUUUGAUUUGAUUGACCAAUAGAAACCAACAUCUGGCUUGGUCUAGUUAUAAUUGUCUCCCCACUCAAACAGCCAAAACAUAAGCCUCCAAGGUGCUCUUUUGUUCUGUUCUAUGCAGUAGGAGAUUCUGCCAAUACAUUGCUACAGUACAGGGUGGGGGGAAUGAUAUAUUGGAUUAUUGUUUGUUAAUAUAAUGGAAAAAGAAACAAACUUUACUGCAUCGUGUUCUUUUCUGAAGAGAGAAAAAAUUCUAUCAGGAUAUGGACAAGGAGAAAAGCUUUGAAAACUCUCUGGGUCCUUAUUGACAACUUUUCCUCUUUAUCAACGUUCAAAAGUUGAGCUGCUAACAGAAGCAGCUAAAGUCUGCAUAUUCCCAGUGUGGUUUUGGCCUUUGGGAUUGCUAGCAUCCAAUAAUAAUUAAAAUAUAUAUUGUGAAUGUCCAUGAUUCUGGGUUGAUGACCAUGCAUGACAUAAUCAUUUCAAUUCUUUUUAUUGCUUUUUUCUUAUAGUUUCUGUAUUGUGUUGAGAACUUGUGAAGCUGGCUUGCUAUUUCUGAAUAGUAAAGCCAAAGUUGGUAAGUUUUCAGUUUUCUUGUUAAGAACCAAUCCUUGGCCUUUUUCUUCAAUGACUUUUUUUUCUUCAAGGACUUGAUGCUUUGCUAUAUCAGCUAUGGCAGCUUCCUUUAUUUUUCUAACACAUGGCUUAGGUUUCCAACCAAUGAAUGGUGGUUAAAGCACCCUGGACCAAUAUAUUUGCUAGUACCAAUCUUCUUUGGACCACCUAAAGACAAUGAUUAUAAACCGCAUUUCUUCCAUCCUGAAAGGGAGGGCAAUUGGUGGGUGCAUAGACAGAUAUAUUAGAUAUGUGCGAAGGAUGGUGGUUUCUCUUUUGAUCCUCUCAAUUGUGGGAAGUAACAUUAUACUUAAGUUUCUGCUACCUACUAUGGCAUUCAAUGGAAAGCUAGCAGCCCAUUCUGCUCCACCUUCCCUUCCUUCUUUUAGCCAUCAUGUCCAAGUUGCCUGAGUCCCUUGAGGUGGGCACAAAAGUAACUUCAUCCUUUCGCUCAACCUUUGUUGUGCCAUUGUUUAUGUGGAUGUCAUGCUUAACCAUGCAUCCAUCCAAACCUUAUUAGAGUAGGAUCUAACUAUUUUAGCAAAAUGGGACAGUGAUGUUAAUGCUUCCUAUUUAUACACCAGGUGACACAACCUUUUUUCUGGUUCCAUACUACUGCUCCAUCAUUUAUGAUCCUUAGGCCACCAAAUAGUCAUUGUGUGACACCUCAACCUUUUUUUCCUCCAUAUUAUACCGUGCAUUUAUUUCUUCUUGCUUCUUGUAUGUUUUUCUCCUUGUUAAACUUUUCCCUCUUUGGUAGACAUUCCACAGCUCCAAUUUUACUUUGUUUCCAAUCUUUUCAUCAAAACUCCUAGAGAAAGUUUGUUCUGAAUUGGAAUUUAAGCAUUAUUGUUAUUAUUUUUUUUUAUGACGGUGAAGGCUGACUAAGAACCAAUAAUCUAAUAAUGGGGAGAAAAAUUUCAUGCUGUGGCCUGUGAAUUGGAUUUGUCGUUUGUAUUAAGGAGUAUGGGAUCAUAAUCAUAGGAAUGCUUCUAGCUUGCUGUGAAGUAGACAGCACAAAAAAAAGUCAAAUGUUGAGUUAGGUAGGCAUCUUCCUCCAUUCGGUUGAUGUUCAUAAUGUUCAAUGAAAACUUGGAAGGUCAAGUUCAGUAUGUUAGUUAGAUCUUUAAUGGUAUGGAAAUGUCAUAUUAGUUGCCAAUAAUCACAUGUAAAUAACUUUCUUGUGUGGUUGGUCAGUAGUAUUGCUUUCACUUCAAUAUUCCACCAUUAAUUGCAAGUAUGCGCAUAUGGUUGUCACAUUGGUAUUAUUUUGUUGGAAUGUACUCAUCAGUCACCAACAUUCAUAAGAACAAUUUACAGUAUCAAAAUAGAAAAUAAUUUUGACUGAAAUUUAAGAACUAUGGAUGCUAUUGUCUGCUUGAGUGAUUGCUGAUGCAUAUUAAAAGAUUUAUUAAUGCACACGGCCGUUUUUUGCUGCCAAAAGACAAGGGGGUUAAAUCUGACCUCAGUUCUCAGAACUUACAGUUUCUUUGUUUGAAGUGUGUCAGGAGUUUAUAGCACAAGGGUGCAAAAUGUAAACUAGCAGUCAAAAGAAGAGCUAUUUAAUGCAACUCCAAACCCAUAUUUUUUUCAACUUCUUUGUAAGCUCCGCAAGAGCUUCAUAUGGCAUUGCAUGCACAUAAAUCUUAAAGCCAAAUGACCUGAAUUUCUUUUCUAUUGGACAGGUGAACCUACCACGUUCUGUGUCUGGAAGGUUUUUUUACGGACUGGUGAAGAUGAUGGCCUCCUUUUUGGCCUAAACUUAAAGAAGAGGUAAGGUCUCUUUAAUUUUGUCCGUGAAUUUUGAAGAUGAAUUAUUCUCGAGUUGCUACACAAUUUGCCAUUUUCUCUCUUCCCUUUGUUCAUACAUAUGAUGAUGAACAAAUUCCCUAGAAAUUUUAGCCAACUGGUGUUGCCGGCCGCUACUAGAUCAGCCCAGUUUUUGUCCCUUUCCAAUGGAUUGCUUCUAAACUUUUGCCUAUCAUAUUUCUGUCUUACCUCUUCAAACUUGGGGACCCAGGAAGAUUCAAUAAAUAAGUUAAAUGAAACUGCAGUUGCAAGUUUGAUUUUUUACAGAAACAGUGGAUUUCUUUUUUUUUUGAGAAAAUUCUUUAAGCCAAAAAUUUCAUCUUCUCAUCUCACUCUAUGUUGUCACCAGAAACUGUUUCAGUCAAAGGCCAUUAGAUAGCUGUUCCUUGGAUGAUUGUGCAUACUGAGCCGCUAGAUGCCAACCAGUCCCUUCUCAAACUCACCUUUUCUCAUCCUAAUCUUCUCUGUCUUUCUUUCUUUAAGAUUGUGGGGGAGCAAAGUCACAGUAAAGGUGGUUAAUUUCUUCAAGAUAAAGCAUAUUGCUGGCUGGCAUGCCCUCUUAAUUGAUUCUAGGAAAAGAAGACUCCCAGAAAAAUGAAGUUUAUGAAACUUGGAACCCGGCAAGAUACCUUCUAUACAGAAGAGGCUACAAGGUCCUUAGCAUCAGAAAUCUCCAGUGACCUUGAAAUCAGAAUCAACGGUAUUACUUACCUGCUCCACAAGUUUGCACUCCUUCCAAGAUGUGGGCUCUUACAAAGACUCUGUUCUGGUACUCCUGAACCUACCACUGUUACAAUGGAGCUCCAUGACAUUCCUGGAGGGGAAGAAGCAUUCGAACUCUGUGCCAAGUACUGCUAUGGAAUUACGAUCAGUCUCAGUGCUCAUAACUUCGUGCAAGCAUACUGUGCUGCUAAGUUCCUUCGCAUGACAGAAUCGGUCGAUCAAGGCAAUUUUGUGCUUAAGCUCGAGGCUUUCUUCAACUCUUGCAUCCUUGAAGGUUGGAAGGACUCCAUCAUGGCUCUCCAGACAACGGUGAAGCUGAAUGAAUGGUCCGAGAAUCUGGGGAUCAUCAGGAGAUGCAUUGACUCCAUUGUUGAUAAAAUCCUCAUGCCUCCUGCUAAGGUCAGAUGGUCAUAUACUUACACAAGACCAGGGUUCAACAAGCACGAGCAAUCCGUCCCAAAAGAUUGGUGGACAGAAGACAUAUCAGACCUCGACAUAGACCUCUUCAGAUGCAUCAUUACAGCUCUGAAAUCAACGUACAUGCUGCCGCCACAGCUCAUUGGAGAAGCAUUACACGUGUACGCGGCUCGUUGGCUUCCAGACGCCACGAAAACUCGCCCUUUGGAAAGCUCAGAGCCGAGAGAAGUAGUCUCAGACAAGGAAAGUCAGAGAAGAGUCCUUGAAACCAUCGUGAGCAUGAUCCCAGUCGACAGAGGCUCAGUCUCCAUCGGCUUUCUUCUCAGGCUUCUUAACACUGCAAAUUACCUGGCCACGUCUCCUGCUACAAAGGCAGAGCUCAUAAGGAGAUCAAGCGUGCAACUUGAGGAUGCAAAUUUGAGCGACUUAUUGUUCCCUUCACAUUUGGGUCAGCAGGUUUAUGAUAUUGACUCAGUUGCAGCUGUGCUUGAGAGUUUCUUGGUGGUUUGGAGACGUGUGUCGCAAGAAGCUUCUGUGGAAGAGAGUCAGGUUGUGGCAUCGAUUAGGAGGAUUGGAAAGCUUGUUGAUUCUUACCUUCAAGUGGUGGCAAAAGAUCCCGACAUGCCCUUGUCGAAGUUUGUUUCUCUUGCUGAAGCUCUGCCAGAUGUUGCAAGAAGAAACCACGAUGAGCUUUACAAGGCCAUCAACAACUAUUUGAAGGAGCAUCCUGAUUUGAGCAAGGCAGAUAGGAAGAGGCUGUGCAGGACGUUAGACUGCCAGAAACUGUCACCGGAAGUUCGAGCCCACGCUGUCAAGAACGAGAGGCUGCCACUAAGAACCGUCGUUCAAGUUCUCUUCUUUGAGCAGGAGAUCAAAGGUGGUGGCGGUGGUUCGAACAACAGAAUGUUGUCUCAGGAACUGUCCUUCAAAGGAAAGCAGCCGGCACCAACAGCAGUGGCUGCUGCUGCUGAAGAUCUGAGUAGUAAGCUACAUUUGAAGAGUACAACAUCAGAGAGCAGCAGCACAAGGAGCAAUAAGCAUGAGAGGAUGAAAAGACUAGAUAGUAGAAAGGGGAAGGUGGAAGAUGAGAGGAAUAAUAAUAUGGUGGUGAGAGGAGAAAUAGAAAAAGAAGAAGAAGAGGUUGAGACGGGGAAAGAAGGAAGCAAGUUGGAUAGGAAGAAGAUGAUGGGGAGCAGAAGUGGAUCAUCAGACCAUGGAAGGGAUAAAGGUAGGGAUAGAUAGGUGAGGCUGCAGAAGAGUAGUUGUUCAUUAUGAGAGCCAAACCAAGUUCAUAGUUGGUAGUUUCUGUUCUUUUGUUUGUGUAAAAAGUGAAGAGAAAAAGAAAAGCAGAACAAGGGAGUUGUUUAUGUUGGGCAGUAAAAAAUUAAAAAUUGUAGAGUUCCUUUUUAUAUUAUAUGAGAGACCUUGUGAUCGAAUUGAUCAAUAAUGUUCAAACUAGUUC